UAGUCUCCUCCCCCUACACACAGCUGUUAUUUAAAGGUUUCCAAGAAGCAAAACUGAAAGUGUGUCGUCUCUUCAGCUUCAGAGCAAAAUGUUGCUCCUCCUGAUACUUACCGGGUUGCUGUUUGAAGCCUCAAUGUCACAGGUCACCAGUCAUGGAAACGAAACAGCUGACUAUGGGAAGGAUGCAUACUACAGCUGUAAAAUAGAAAACCCAGCAGGUGUGCUGCAGGUCACGUGGCAGAGACUUUUCAGAGAUAACUCCAUUGAGAAUUUGGUCACUUUCAGCAAACGCUUUGGAGAGCAAGUAAAUCAGCCUUACGUUGGGAAAAUAGUCUUCACAGAGGCGUCUCUGAGCUCAACGUCCAUCACUGUGAAGAAUGUAACGUGGGAAGAUGAAGCCUGUUACAUUUGCUCCUUCAACGUCUAUCCUGAGGGGUCUCAAAGGAAGCAGAUAUGUCCUACAGUGCAAGGAAUUUCAGAGGAGGAAACAAAAGAUCUUACUCCCAGCAGGGAACAAGAAGAGUUUGAAGAGGAAGUGGAGAUUGUGGUUGGCUGCUCUGCAACAGGUAAACCAGCUCCAACCAUCCAGUGGGCCUUCCCUUCCGACGCAACACGCUUAGACAAACCAGAGACUGCUGUCACCGCAAGCAAGGACCGGACGUUUACGAGCAGCAGCAACAUCACUCUGCAGGUCCCUUCAGACUGGAACGGGUAUGUGGACUGUGUGCUGAACGAAGGUGUGACGGGACAACGGGUGAAGAGGUUCCCUUUUUCUUUUGGCGGUGACGAGAAGGAUGGGGAGAAAGUCGUGAAACGGCUGUCUAAAUCAGGGAUCGCCCUCGUCAUCAGUUCGACAUUGUUUAUCAUCUUCAUCGUUGUUGCUCUCGCACUGAAGAGACAGAGGUUAAAGAGAAACAAAAGGAAUGGAAAUGUUCUUUCAGUAACAUGUCAUAAUCCUGUCCUGUCACCGGGGCCUUGUCUAAACUCUGUGAUUCAAACACAGACGACUGUGGCCGCAGCAGUGGGAGAGCAGGCCUGCUUAAACUGUCUGCUGAUUCAAACCAAAGAAGUUCAUCAAGUCACCUGGCAGAAGAUUCUACCUGAUGGAGAGAGGACCGUCGCCACUGACAACCUGCACUUCGGUCAAAGAGUGGACCCUUACUUUAGUGGUAAGGUGGAGUUUCGAGAUGCUGGACUGCAGAACAGCUCCAUCGUGAUCAGGGAUGUGACGGAGCAGGAUGAAGGCUGCUAUCGCUGCAUGUUUAACACCUACCCUGAUGGAGCUCUCAUUGCUACAAUCCGCCUGAACGUCUAUGAGCUGCAUGAACCCGUCCUACAAGUCAGAGAAUCAAACUCUUCUGAAGAGGUCGUUGUUUCCUGCUCGGCUACGGGUCGGCCCGCCCCCACUGUGACAAUAACGCUCCCUCACCAAGACUUGAACUUCCACAACACUUCUGUCUCAGUCAGGAACAACAACAGUACAGUCACCGUCACUAAGACAGCUGUGCUCUCUCGUCGUCAUGACAACAGCACACAGGUCGGGUGCACAGUGGGGGGCUCCUAUGGCGUUCACAAAGAGGUGUUUAAGAUGAUCCCUGAGGUCAAAAAGUCGCUCCCUGAUGAAAAGUCAGGAGCUAAUAGCAGCAGUCGUAGUAGAACUUUAAUCAUUAUAUCAGCUUUAACAACCUGUGUUAUCAUCACUGCAGUCAUCUUCCUCUGGCGUAGACACAAACAUCAGAACAGUCUGUCACACGAGGUCCAUAUGAAUGAGAUACCAGGAACUACAGAUGAAGACCCUCAGAAGACCCAAGAGUCUCCACAGGAGAACGUACAGGUCCGACUUCGAUCAACUCCUGUGAAUAGUGAAGAGAGAACAAACACAAAUCCAACACCAGUUUCAUCCAGGAGACUGUUUGAGUGAUUGAUCAGAUGAACUCAGUUUUUUGAAUAACCGUGAAAAGCUGUGAUUCACAAAUUGAUGGAAGAGCCGUGUUUUAUUUAAUUCUGAUUUUUUAAGCUUCGAUAAGAAAAGUCUUUAAAAAAAACAUUUUGAUACCCUUCUCUGUUUAAAUGUAUAACUUAUUUAUGUUCAGCACUUUUCUAGCACAACAGCACUUCUUUGUUCAAUGUGUGUGUUCUCAUGUUAUUUAUAGUUCAAACCUCAAAUGCACAUUUGCUGUCUGUCUGUAAUUACAUUGUGCUUCUUAAGGUAACUUGAAUAAUAUAAUAAUAAUUAUAAUAUAUCACAUUCGUUUGCAAACUAAUCAUGGCUGUGCAAUUACAGAAUUGUAGUGUUUUAAUCUCUGAGCUGAAUAUAGGGUCUAGUCAUUUAUUGUUUAUUAGGCCUAUAUUCUACUUAUUUAUUUGUCUCCUUCAUUAAAUUAUACUGAUUUCACCUGUGUCUUUCAGCCUUGAGUUCAGUUUUGACUCGCAUUGUGUACAAAAAAUAAAUGGAAUUGAAAUCUA